CAACGAUCUGCAACAUCCACCUUUCCGCACCAUUAUUUACCUAUCAGCGGGUUCGCCAUGAGCGCUAAACAAUUUCUCGCUGAUGCUGAAGGCGGCGUGGUGCCGGUGGACAGCCACGAGAAAGUGAUGUGGAUCGCAUUCAUCUACAUGGACGAGGGGCUAUGGGACGGCAACGGCGUCUUUGACGUCGUCGAAACCCUGCAUGCGCGCGGGUGGUCGUUUGGGGAAGGGGGGCUGAGGUUUAAUCGCACCCUGGACAUAUUCUACCUCGCUCAACUUGCAGCAGCCAUCUACCACGCUACUAACCAGCUUCAUGAUGACUUUCCCUACCCUUCCCCCGAUGAUUUCCAGUCCUUCUACAGCACACACCACGCCCUCCUGCACCCCUCCGCCUGGCACGCCUACUACACCCCCGCCUUUCUCGCCCAUCCCACCACAGCGCGCUUCUACCGCCUCCCCAACCUCCAAGACCUACCAGACUCCGACUCCCCAUCGUGCCAGCCGCGCCAGCGACCACCCAGCAGCGGCGCACACGCCACGAAAAUCCCCUGCUGGGCGAGCAUCGUUGCGGGAACGCGCCGCAGGCAACUCACUCUCCCGCCUGGGACUUUCACGGAAUUAGCCCUGCGGACGCUGGAGACGAGCACCGCACGGCUGCAUGCGGAAUAUCCGAGUAUCGUGCCGGCCUACUCUGAGACACAGGCACGGUUCUGGCUCAACUACAUGGGUCUCGACUCCGACAGGGCAGCUUCGGCUUCAUCUUGGAACCAGAACCGGUUCGGUGGAGCUGUCGCGCAGGGGUGGUAUGACAUCUAUGCGUGGGAGGGGAAGUACUCGGCGGAGGCGUGGGAAGGGAGUUGUGGGAAAGGAAGGGAGGUUAUUGAGCCGGAUGUGGAAGAUGGGACGUGGAAGAGUGAGGUUAUGUGGUGUGGGUGGCCGGAUGGUGGGAUUGAGUUUUACACGUGGUUAAGGGGAUGGGACGGGGAGGUGGGGGGUGAGGAGGAGGUGGAGUUUUUGGCUGCUGUUGCGGUGGAGGAGACAAAGGGUGUAGAGAUGGGUGACUUGGAUCUUGCAGUGCGGUCGCAUAUCUUACUUGGGGUGAUGGGGGCUGCGGUCAAAACAGGGCAAGAGAGGGAAGAUUAUCUACAAGAGCUGGAGAAGGGGGUGGUGCAGAGCAGGAGGAUCAAAGAGGACAAGGCAGGUGUGUGGCUGAAGGGGGCUUUAGCGGUUAUCGAGCCGUAUGUGAGGAUAUGGGACGGGGUGUGGCCUGAAGGAGAGGAGGAGAGGGGGGAGAUGCUACGGCGGAUCUUGGUCGAGAACGGGCAGCUCUUUGCAAGAUAUAAGCUCUCGCCGCAUUUGAAGGAGUUCAAUUUCGAGCUGGGUCCGAGAAAGCUGGUGUAGUAGGUUUGCUUCUAGUCAGAUAUUCAGAUCCAUUGUGAGGGCAGUGGUAUGCCUAUGGCGCAGGCGGAGGUAGUGUUAGUAACUCAACAAAGAGCAGCCACGCUAAGAAUCAACGUGUAAGAGACCAUGACGAAUCUAUAGGGUCUUGAAUCCAGUUUCUACAGUGUUGGGCAUAGUCCUAGUAUAGUCGAUAGCUAUAAUUAAAGCCUAAUAUUACUUUGAGCAGCAUUUAAGAAAGAUACAUAUUUCAAGUACUCCCGUUGAG